AUGAAUACCAUCUUAGCUUAUCGAACAGCCGUCCGACGCGUUGCUCCUCGAUUUGUGAUUCCAGGAAGACUUUUCAACGUUCUAUCAGCGAACAAGUCCUCCAAGAGGUGGUACGCACAAUCAUGGGAUAAUAAGCAGCCUAACAAAGAUGUCGACGCACACAUUAAAGUACAACAACUUUUGAGCGACAUUCAAUCACAUCCUAAUGUGCUAGAGAAACUUAAUAACAUAAGUGAGCUUAUGAUGUCGAAGGGGUUGGCCAACGAAUCAGCGCCACCAGGGCCUUGGCAGGUUAUCAAGAUUCUCACAGAUAAAGAAAUGCGGGUUGCCAUGUCACAAUUCAAAGAAGAGCUCCAAAAGUCUGGAAUUGAAAUUGGCCCUGAUCAGCUAGGUCCGCUAAUGACCGUCCUAGGAAUGGAUAAGAAAUGA